AUGAAAAUGCUGAAUCCACACAAACCUCGGCUGGAACGCCAGAUUGUUGGCUCAACCAACCGGUGGCGUUUCCCCCAAGAGCCUUUCUCGGGGGACUUGCUGGCGCAUUCCCAGCUGUGCAAGGCUGUCAACACAGACUUUGAUGAAGUUCUGAAGCACCCAGACAGGUUAUGCAUUUCACAAUUUCAGAAAAAUUUCCCAAAGAAUUUGAAGAGCGAAACCAUCCAAAGUGGGGAGGCAGAUGUGAUUCUCGAGUGCCUUGGCUUCAAAUGGGAACUCCAUCAGCCCCAGCUUUUUCAGUCUGAGACCUUGACCAAACUUUACCUGAUGGCCCUGGCCCGGGGCAACGUCGACCCCGAGCAGGAGCUGAAGAGGCUUCUGCAAGCUCAACUGCGUGGGAAGGUCAAAGAACAACACCCCGUGAAGAAGAUAAGCAUUUCCUUGAAGAUCUAUGACGCUCUGGUCACCAAAGCUGCCUUCGCCACCGCCCUGAAGAGCCUCUACAUCCCCGAGGUGAAGAUCAGCAUGGAGGAGGUCCUGGGCGUGCUGGCUGCCGCCCACAUUCUCCAGUUCCGCAGCCUGUUUCAAAGGUGUGUGGCCAUGAUGACGAGUGAGCUCACUCCAGCUACCAUCAAGAAGUUCUACCUGGCCGGCUGCAGGUACAAGGAAGAGCGGCUCACCACCGGCUGCGAGAAGUGGAUGGAGAUGAACUUGGUCCCUUUGAUGGGGACACAGAUCCACCUCCGGAAAGUCCCACAGGAGCUGCUCCACAAAGUGCUGAGGUCCCCCAGGUUGUUUACUUUUAGUGAGUUUCACCUUCUGAAAACACUACUUUUGUGGGUCUACUUGCAAAUGAACAACAAAACACAGACCAUUCCAGCAUAUGAAACCAUGGUGGCAUUUUUUAGCAGCUUCCCCAAGACGUGCUCCUUUCUGGAACAGGACGUAGGACAGACCUUGACGCCGCUCUUCCUUUGCCUGCGUCUGCACGGCAUCAUCAAAGGCAAGCAUCUGGAGGAGCUAAGGCACAUUAACUUCUUCCCUGAAUCCUGGCUGGUCCGGGUUACAGCCAGCCAUUACCACGCGCUGGAGAGUGGGGGCGACAUGGCCCACGUGAGAGAUUUUACCACCCAGGCGGUGAGGUUCGGGCUGCUCUUUAACCAGGAGUAUACAACACAUUCAAAGACGAUUGCCAUAUAUGGAUUCUUCUUUGAGAUAAAGGGAAUCAAACAUGAUACGACCUCGUAUAGUUUCCACAUGCAGAGAAUAAGGCACACCGACUUGGAAUUCCCCGCCUCGGUCUGCGAGCACAGCCCCAUCAGCCUGAGAGCAGAGCGCUUGGUGACGUACGAGAUCAGAGCCCAGACCCUGGUGGACAGCAAGUGGCAAGAGUUCAGGACGAACCAGAUCACACAAAAAUUUGGGUUGGCCAAGCCAUCCUGCAAAAGCCAUGCCUUGAAAAUCCAAACUGUGGGCAUCCCCAUCUAUGCAAGUUUUACAUUCGUCUUCUCAUUAGCUUAACUGUUUUCAGAGGCAUCUAUGGGAUUUUCUU